UAUCUCUCUCUCUCCAGUCUCCCAAUACUGAUGGUUUAACACAGACUACACUGUAGUUUACAUCAAAAACACAAUCAGUGUAUAUUUGUAACCGGUUGGCGCGCCGAAAGCUACGGGUAGAUGGCUAGACGCUCACGAACAUCAACAGUGGGUCGUGUGUGUGAGGUAGAGAGAGUGGGAGACAGACAGACAGAAAGAACGUGAUAGACAUCAAGAGACCGUUUGUAAUCAAUACAAACAGAAGAAACAUUGAGAUUCUCCAACAAAGAUAUUGGCAAACUAUUUUUACGUUUUGCAUUCUAAGUGCGAGAGACGAUCAAGAACCCUUCGUGGGACUGCAAUUGAACAGUGAGAAGGCACAGAUUAUAAAAAUUGAAACAAUAAUUACGCUUUGCGAGAAGAAGCUGAUCAUUGUAGUGGAUUGGAUUGGGGUCAAUCAAUUUGUAGCUCAACGUCAAGAUAAUAGAAAGAGUUACCAUGGAAACUGUUCUGUUCUUCCUCUUUUCACUCCUGGUGUAUGUGGCUGUGCCUGUAUUUUCAGAUGGUGAAAAGGAGAAGAAAGAGGUGGACCCAUUUGUCUAUGACUAUCAUAGCCUGCGGAUCUGUGGACUGGUCUUUGGUGUGGUACUCUUCGCCCUGGGCAUCCUCCUCAUCCUCAGUAAGUCUUCAUACUUCAGCCGAAAAUGUCGCUGCUGUCCCAAUCAGGAGAAGAAGCUCAAGGCCCCUGGAGACGAAGAGGCUACGGCAGAGACCCUGAUCGUGUCCAAAGCUAAGGAGCCAGAGCCAGAGCCUGAAGCUAAGGCUGAGAACUGAGUCAGCCCAACCAGACUGCCUCCCCACCUGACUGACGAUCAACCAUAUCUGCCACUGAACAACCAGUGGUGGAAAAAGUACCCAAUUGUCAUAUUUGAGUAAAAGUAAAGAUUCCUUAAUAGUGAAAGUCGCCCAGUAAAAUACUACUUGAGUAAAAGUCCAAAAGUAUUUGAUUUUAGAUAUACUUAAGUAUCAAAAGUAAAUGUAAUCUCAAAAAUAUAUCAAAGUAUAAAUCAUUUCAAAUUCCUUAUAUUAGGCAAACCAGGAUGGUCAUGGGCACACUUCAACACUCAGACAUCAUUUACAAACAAAGCAUUUGUGUUUAGUGAGACCGCCAGAUCAGAGGCAGUAGGGAUGACCAGGGAUGUUCUCUUAAAAUGUGUGAAUUGGACAAUUGUACUGUUCUGUUAAGCAUUCAAAAUGUAACGAGUACUUUUGGUUGUCAGGGAAAAUGUAUGGAGUAAAAAGUACAUUAUUUUCUUUAGCUGUAAAUGUAAAAGUUGUCAAAAAUAUAAAUAGUAAAGUACUUAAGUGGUACUUUAAAGUAUUUUUACUUAAAUACUUUACACCACUGUGAACCACUACCUAAGGACCAACACAAUAAUGAUGAUGACGAUGGCAACAAAGAUGAUGACGCUGACAAAGAUGAUGCAGAAGAAUUAUGAAGAAUGAAGACGAUGUAACAGGAAUACUGUGCAACCACAGGACAAGGGAUAGGAGGGUGUAGAGGUGGGUGGGGGGGAUAAUGCAGAUGUAAAUAAACCUUGAACCUAUUGUUCCGUGCUCUGUGCCCAUGUACGUGUCUCAGUGAUCUCGUGUGUACCUGUGCCUUUCUGCGACAGUCUGUCUCCAGUUUGUCGUCUUAGCCAGUGACACCUUUUUGCAGAUCGCCUUUACCACAGUUCUUAAUAAUUGGAGAUGUGUCAAGAAAUGUUGUUCGUGUUUGUGUUUAGCUUAUAUUCUGUAUUUCUAUCGUCUUUAGGUUCUAGACGUUACUGUUUGCUACAUUUUUUCAGAGUUGUUAUUAUCACUUUCACUCUUGUAACAAUUGUCCUUAAUGACGUUUAUCACGUGGUAGAUUAUAUACAAUAUAUACACUACCGUUCAAAAGUUUGGGGUCACUUAGAAAUGUCCUUGUUUUUUUUUAAAGAAAAGUGCAUUUUAUGUCCAGUAAAAUAACAUCAAAUUGAUCAGAAAUACAGUGUAGACAUUGUUAAUGUUGUUAAUGAAUACUGUUGCUGGAAACUGCAUUUUUUUUAUGAAUAUCUACAUAGGAGUGCAGAGGCCCAUUAUCAGCAACCAUCACUCCUGUGUUCCAAUGGCACGUUGUGUUAGCUAUUCCAAGUUAAGCAUUUUAAAAGGCUAAUUGAUCGUUAGAAAACCCUUUUGCAAUGAUGUUAGCACAGCUGAAAACUGUUGAUCUGAUUAAAGAAGCAAUAAAACUGGCCUUCUUCUUUGAGCCUGUAAUCGAACCCACAAAUGCUGAUUCUCCAGAUACUCAACUAGUUUAAAGAAGACCAGUCUGAGCUUUUAGCAGUUUUCAGCUGUGCUCACAUAAUUGCAAAAUGGGUUUAUAAUGAUCAAUUAGCCUUUUAAAAUGAUAAACUUGGAUUAGCUAACACUAUGUGCCAUUGGAACACAGGAGUGAUGGUUGCUGAAAAUGGGCUCUGCACUCCUAUGUAGAUAUUUCAUUAAAAAUCUGCCGUUUCCAGCUACAAUAGUCAUUUACAACAUUAACAUCUACACUGUAUUUCUGAUCAAUUUGAGGUUGUUUUAAUGGACAUUUUUUAUAUAUAUAUUUUUUUUUUAAACAAGGACAUUUCUAAGUGACCCAAAACCUUUGAACUGUAGUGUACAUUUCAUAUAUACCAGUAUAAAUACCCUAUACACAGUAUACAGUUCUAGCUAUAUAUAUUUCAAUAUAUGUGUGCAUGUGUGGGUACAUGAGUUUGGGUGGUUUGUAUGUGUGUCUGAGAGGUUGUGUGUAUUUGGCUGUGUUGCGUCUCACACACACGAGAAUGCAACUGCCACAGUUUGCUGACCAAGCACAAGAAUGCAUCAGAGUUAACUAGGGAGCUCCCCAACAGUAGUCACUGUAGUGAAGUGAGCUCCUACAUCAGCUGUAUCACUGCCUUGUCCUAGACAACCGUCCAAUCUAGUCUCCUGCUCUGUCAUUGGCCGAGCCGGGGCGAUUACCGCCCUCAGAGGCAAGCUACGAUUGGACGGUUCCCACACCCACACCAGUGCGGCAAAUCUGUGUCCUCUUAUUGUUUCGUUGAGAGGUUACGGUAGCCGGUCUCAACCCAUGGUGUCUCUCUGUUUAGCGUUUGUGUGAUCGACCAUUGCGUUUAGUUAGUGAGAGAUCGGGUCUGACGUGUGACUGAGAGAGUGUGUGUAGAUGCUAAGUGUGCCGGAGUCAUAGUUUUAGCCGCCAGAAUUAGGUGAAGGAAAUCAAAGAAAAAUAUAAUUUGCUCUGUGUCAGACGUCAGGUAAAGCUUACGGUCACGCGGUCAGAUGCAUGGAGUCUUAUGCAGAGUGUCAUUGUUACAACCAACAACAACAACAAAACACACUGUCACGACAAUAAGUAACUAACUCUGUUCACUCUGUGCAUGAGGUUGUACUGUAUAGCUGUAUUUUGUGCUUUUGACAUCGAAAUAAAAGAGUCUUAUCGCCAAUAA